AUGUCGCAAAUUACCGAUACGACAGGAUUGGCUGAAUUGGCUCAUAGAGAAUAUCAGGCUGGUGAUUAUGAACGAGCAGAAUCACAUUGCAUGCAACUGUGGAGACAAGAGCCUGAAAAUACUGGCGUGUUAUUACUAUUAUCCUCCAUCCAUUUCCAGUGUAGACGCCUUGAUAAAUCUGCUUAUUUCAGUCAAUUAGCUAUAAAACAAAACCCAAUGUUGGCAGAGGCUUAUUCAAAUUUAGGAAAUGUGUUUAAAGAAAGAGCUCAGCUACAGGAAGCCUUAGAAAAUUAUCGGCAUGCUGUUCGAUUAAAACCUGAUUUUAUUGACGGUUAUAUUAAUUUGGCAGCAGCAUUGGUCGCCGCUGGAGACAUGGAGCAAGCAGUGCAGGCAUAUGUUACAGCAUUACAGUAUAACCCGGAUUUGUAUUGUGUACGGAGUGACCUGGGUAACUUGCUGAAAGCGUUGGGGCGAUUAGAUGAAGCAAAGCAAUGCAGGUGUGCUCACUGCUAUCAAAUAGUGUGCCCGCCUGGUAUUGUAUACUUAAAUGCUUGCUACCUGAAAGCUAUUGAGACACAACCAAAUUUUGCAGUGGCCUGGAGUAAUCUGGGCUGUGUUUUCAAUGCCCAAGGAGAAAUCUGGUUAGCUAUUCAUCAUUUUGAUAAGGCUGUGGCACUUGACCCAAAUUUCCUUGAUGCCUAUAUCAAUUUAGGAAAUGUAUUAAAAGAAGCACGAAUCUUUGAUAGGGCUGUAGCUGCCUAUCUUAGAGCCCUAAAUCUCAGUCCCAACCAUGCAGUGGUACAUGGCAAUCUGGCCUGUGUUUAUUAUGAACAAGGUUUAAUUGACUUGGCCAUUGAUACAUACAAGCGAGCAAUUGAAUUGCAACCUAACUUCCCAGAUGCUUACUGCAACCUGGCCAAUGCACUGAAGGAGAAGGGUAAAGUACGCAAGGUUGCUGAAGCUGAAGAAUGUUACAACACUGCACUUAAAUUGUGUCCAACGCAUGCAGACUCGCUGAACAACUUGGCUAAUAUCAAACGUGAACAGGGAAACACCGAGGAAGCUGUUCGUCUAUAUCUUAAGGCCUUGGAAGUGUAUCCAGAAUUUGCAGUAGCUCACUCAAAUCUUGCUAGCGUUUUACAACAGCAAGGCAAAUUGCAUGAAGCUUUGAUGCAUUACAAAGAGGCGAUUCGAAUUUCUCCUACAUUUGCUGAUGCUUACUCUAACAUGGGUAACACUUUGAAAGAAAUGCAAGAUAUUCAAGGGGCACUCCAAUGUUACACAAGAGCAAUUCAGAUCAAUCCCGCUUUUGCUGAUGCUCAUAGUAAUCUGGCAUCUAUCCAUAAGGAUUCUGGCAACAUUCCUGAAGCAAUUGCAUCUUAUAGAACAGCUCUGAAACUGAAACCAGAUUUUCCUGAUGCCUACUGUAACUUGGCCCAUUGCUUACAGAUUGUUUGUGACUGGACAGAUUAUGAUAACAGAAUGAAGCGGUUGGUUCAGAUUGUACAGGAUCAGCUUGAAAAGAACAGGCUUCCGUCUGUGCAUCCUCAUCACAGUAUGCUCUACCCCCUCUCUCAUGCAGUAAGAAAAGCUAUUGCUUCCAAGCAUGCAAACCUCUGUCUAGAAAAGAUCAAUGUACUCCACAAACCUCCUUACCAGCAUUCCAAGAGCUUAUCCAGUGAUGGACGAUUGCGCAUUGGUUAUGUUAGUUCGGACUUUGGAAAUCAUCCAACGUCACAUUUAAUGCAGAGUGUGCCUGGAAUGCAUGAACGGGCUAAAGUAGAAAUAUUUUGUUACUCUUUGAGUCCUGAUGAUGGUACUACGUUCCGUGCGAAGAUUGGGCGAGAGGCUGAGCAUUUUGUUGAUUUAUCGCAAAUUCCAUGCAAUGGCAAAGCUGCAGAUCGUAUAUAUGCAGAUGGUAUUCAUAUUCUCAUUAAUAUGAAUGGUUAUACAAAAGGGGCUCGCAAUGAACUGUUUGCUCUUCAUCCUGCUCCCAUCCAGGUAAUGUGGUUGGGCUAUCCUGGAACAAGUGGUGCUCCUUUUAUGGAUUAUAUCAUCACUGAUGCUGUGACAUCACCAUUAGACUUAGCUGACCAGUAUUCAGAGAAAUUGGCUUAUAUGCCAAACACUUUUUUCAUUGGUGACCAUCGGCACAUGUUCCAGCAUUUGGUUGAAAGGGUAUUUAUUGAGACUAAGGAUGGCCAUGUAGCAGACAAUAUUCAAAUUAUCAAUGGCACAAACUUGGAGCCAUUAAAAUCAGCAGCAGAAAUUAAGAGGGAUGAGAAUGAGAUUGGAAACCCCCUCCAGACUGAAAAUGAAGAAACUAAACCCAAUGGUACCGACCUAUCCAAUUCAAUUGAUAGUCCUGUCACCACAGUUAUGCAGAGUAUGAUCAAGACGGGUAUCGCCUCCACAUGUAUCAAUGGAGUUAUUGUUCAGAAUGGAUUAACUUCUAACCAAACCAACAACAAAGCUGCUACAGGUGAGGAGGUACCGGAGAACAUCAUGCUGACUGCGCGCUCCCAGUAUGGCUUACCAGAAGAUGCUGUUGUUUAUUGUAACUUCAACCAGUUGUAUAAGAUUGACCCAUCCACACUGGAUAUGUGGUUAGAAAUCUUGAAGAAUGUUUCUAACAGUGUCCUCUGGCUGUUGCGAUUUCCUGCAGUUGGGGAACCCAACAUCAUUCAGGCUGCUACGAACCGAGGACUUAUCGCUGGACGAAUCAUAUUUUCUCAUGUUGCUCCUAAGGAGGAACAUGUACGCCGUGGUCAGCUUGCUGAUAUAUGUUUAGAUACACCUCUUUGUAAUGGACACACCACUGGUAUGGAUGUUUUGUGGGCAGGAACACCAAUGGUCACUUUACCUGGUGAAACCCUUGCUUCCAGAGUGGCUGCUUCACAGCUGCACACAUUAGGAUGUCCGGAGUUAGUUGCCAAAUCUCGGGAAGAUUAUGUAAAUAUAGCUGUGCGUUUAGGAACUGACCAAGAUUAUUUGAAAUCUGUCCGGGCAAAAGUGUGGAAAGCUAGAACUACCAGUCCUCUUUUCAAUACAAAAUUGUAUGCUAGUCACCUUGAGAAACUCUACCUGCGCAUGUGGGACAGAUAUGAACAUGGUCUGUCUCCAGAUCACUUAACUGAACCUUGGAGUUGA